CACCCGGAAGUAAACAUGGCGUCGGGCGGCGUUGUCUACCGGCGACUCCGCGUCCCCUCGGCCGCCUCGAGCCCGCGGGAGUCGCCGCUGAGCGCAGGCUCCGACUACCGCGAAGAUGUAAGACCAGCAGCAGAGGAGCAGGAGAAGCCACUGCCCCGCAUCAAUGCACACUCCGUCUUCUGGGUGUGCGCCUCGGCUGGAAUAACCUACUACACUGACUUCCCGACGGUGCUGCUCAGAGACAGUACCAUCCAGAGCUGGUGGUUCGUCACUGCAGUUGCGCUGCUGUGUGUGAGCCUGGCGAUCGCCGCCUACUGCAUGUUCUACUUGGAAUGGUACUGCCACGUGCCCGACUAUGAGACCCACAACCCCGUCCUCGUCCCCACUGCCACGGCCACCUUCAUCCUGGCCGCGUUGUGCUUGAACAUGGCACUGUGGUCCGUAUGGUCUUUCUUCACACCCUUCCUCCUCUUCACUCAAUUUAUGGGCGUCAUCAUGGUGAUCUCGCUGCUGGGCUGACGACGCACAGAUUGUAUCUGCGCGGCAGCUGUACCAGCAUUGACGGCCUCCUUAGCCAUGGAGAUGACGAGCUUGGAGUGGCGCGAGAUCUUCUCUCCCAGCUUCACGGCCUCCCCCAGCAGCUGAUCGGGUGGGCACACCUUGCUGACGAGCCCUGCACAAGCAAGAGCAACUUAAUACAUACAAUGUACAUGUACUGGCCCUUUUGUUAAUCCACUGCUGAAUGAGCACGUCCCCACACCGUGCGGAUCGUGGGGGUUAUUUGGCCAUACACUUCACAACGCUGGUCAGUGCGGAUUGGUGAAGGCAGAUAGCAUCGACGUGGGGACAUAGAAGCGCAGUACAACCAUGGAUUUUGCGACACGAACCAUAUCUAAUUAUUAAUUCAGUUUAUUAGACGUGGCAUUUCCAAUAUUUUACUAGAUUGUGGGCAAAACAAAGAGCUGUAAAUAUCAUUAUUUACAUUUAUGAAUAAAAAUGUCUAUUAAAAAAAGUGACGAGUAUUUUUUUGUGCUAUAAAAAAGGAUGUUUAAUAGCCGUGUGUAAUAAACAGAUGCUUCUCUACUUCAUUACAAAUGAUGCACAAAGGCAUUGCUCAUACUGAGACACCAAGUGGCAUUUUCAAUCAUGAUCACAUGAUCACAUACAACUCGAAAGUAUCAAACUGGGGAGCAGUUUUGCUUGUAUUUUCCUUAUAUUUUAUUCUUCAUAUUGUUAUGAACCUUAUGGCGGGACCCUGGCUCUCGCAUAAACUGCGUUGUGACGUCAUUUUAUGUCUGUUCAAGGCGAACGAUACGGUAUUCUAUUCCUCUCGAUGAGUUCUACACAAUGCGCUAAUCAAAGUUUCAAAGUUUUGUUUCUUCUGCACUUGGACGACAUCACAACAGAAUGAUCCGCACCAGGUGGGUCGCGGCAUUUAUGUGCGUGGUGGGACGGAGUCGCCAAAAGUAAAUUAAUUACGAUUUUGACUUCCGUUUAUUCGGGACCUCGGGGUCCCGCAAUAAGGUUCCUAUGUACAAUCGAUUCUGAUAAUGUGACGUGACUGGCAGGCUUGCGUGGGCAACAGAAAGUGAAGCUAGCGUCGGGUGUCUGACCUGCUUCUUUGGCUUGCUGGGCUGAGAUCCGGUCUCCAGUGAGCACCAUCUCCAUGGCCAACGAUUUGCCGACCGCUCUGGUGAGCCUCUGCGUGCCGCCCGCCCCUGUAACACGCACGCAUUUAAAGGUGAAACCAAAACUAUGGAUGGAUCUUAUUGAUGCCCACCUGAGCUGUCGCAAUAAGAGUUUGAAGCUUUCCUAUGAGAAGAAAGACAAACCAAUAAUGUUGGUCAUAAGGUGCAAGUGAUGCAAGUGCAAGGAAAGACAUCACCUAACUGUCAAUCCCUUAUCAGUGCCUACCUUAUUACAGACCAAUUCAGACCUUAUUGGUCACCCCGUGCCCUUAUAAAUCUCAAAGCUCAUCCCACAAAGUCCCAUCACAUGGGAGAAACACAAUUCAGAAUAUUUUUUGUUGGCUAGUAUUAAAAUGGCUGCAUGCCAUAUGGACCUGAAAACUCUAUUUCCCUGUACAAGAAUACGGGUAAACCGUUUGGGUUGACAGGUAUGAGAUCAAGAGAAGGCAGAAGAAAAAGUAGUGGGCCGAUGUGGUGCGAGCGGACAUGGUGGCCCGAAGAGCGGAAAGAGAGACGGCGCAGGAGAAGGCGGCAUAGAGAAAGUUCGCAAGUACAGUGGACCCCACAAUUAUGACAAACGUGUGGAAGAAGAUUAUAAUUUAAAGUUAUGGUCAAGCAUGUCAUCAUAGCAUUAUAAUGUAAUCAUAUUUUAAUGUCAAGGCUGUGAUGUCAUGCAUGCAUUGCAACAAAGCAUCGGACUGAUUAAAAAAAAUGCUCAGCAAGGAAGCUUCAAACUCAUGUUUGGAUAGCCUGUGUUUAAACAAUAAGAGCUGUUGGGUUGUUUUGCUUCCUUCUGUAAUGUGUUGCCAAGUGUGCAGUACGCAGUACACCCGAUGUGUGUCGCGCAUUUUAUGAUACGGCAGCCCUCGCAAAAUCUACCUUGGUACCAUGUGCUGACUGCAACAACAAAAAACCCCACCGUACAUGUGAAUAAACAUUUGUGAAAGGUGAUGUUUAAGCAAACAUCACCUUUCAGGAAGAUUUUUUUUUAUCAAAAAACACUGUUAGAAGUAAGGGGGCCCCACUGAGCAUGACAUUUGCUCAUGUUAAUUUAAAUUAGGAUUCAACUGCUCAACUAUUUUUUAUUUUACCAGGUAAGGCCCACUGAGCUAUAUAGCUCAUUUUCAGAAGUGACCUGGCCACAAAUGAUAGCUGAACGAAGUGGCUUAUCACGUGGAAAUUUACAGCAGCCAAAUACUCUUAAACAAAUGGUUCUAAGUGUGGAAGGAAAAAUCGAAGGACCUGGAGAAAAAUCCACGUGACCAUGGGGAAACAUGCAAACUCCAAAUAUACAGGCAUCGGGGUCAAAUCUACAAUCUCCUGUGUACCAUAUAUGCAUGUGGGCAUCAUGCGUGUGGUUUGAAGAGAGCUGAUAACCAGGCGAGCUCCAUCUGAUGAACUUGAGAAAUAACAAAAAUUCUGAGCAUUCUACAUAUUUGUCAUUUUAACAUGGGCACUAUAGUGUGUGCAAUUUUGAAAUGGGUUUUGUACGAGUUUUGUACACUGUAUCAAUGCAUAUUUGGCAUACCGGGUAUGGUGCCAAGAGCAAUCUCAGGCUGCCCAAACUGGGCCUUUUCCCCAGCGUAGAUGAUGUCACACAUCAUGGCCAGCUCGCAGCCUCCUCCCAACUGCAAAACCAUUAAGUCACAGCGUUCAGUGGACUCUUCAAUAUUGUUAUGACGGGUAUUGUGGCAUCCGUUUACUACCGACAAUGCCGCGAACAUUGAGAUAUAUAUUCUGCAUGUGACAACAGAAACCAGAAAUUAAGUUCUCUGACAAGUGAUGAAAGCAGUGGAUGGGAGAAAAUAAACGUUAGGGAAAAAUGUCAUUUAAUUGCUGAAAGAGUGAGAAGUCUGCUUUCUGUUACCCUCAAAACGGGGACAUUUCAUCAUUCCCCUGGCCCCGAUUAAUCUGGUUUACCCUGCAUGGUUUUGCAACCAGAUUCCUCCUGCGAGAAGACACACAAGACCUAGAAGAGACCAGAUGCUGCAUAAUUUUUUUUGCUAAUCGGAAGCAGAAUAAACGAGUUUCUGUUGUCCACCUAUUGCCAAACAGGAUUUUCUUUUGCAAGCAGCACAGUGAUGAUCCGAGAGCCAGUGAGCAGCCCGAGUGCAGGCCAGUGCGUGCGCUUACCGCGAAUCCAUUCACGGCUGCGAUGACCGGCUUUUUGGUCUGGGCGACGCGAUUCCAGUGCGACAGGAAGUUCCCACCGAAGCACUCGGCGAAUGUUCGGUUCUGCAUCUCCUUUAUGUCGGCCCCCGCUGACGAAAAGAGCAACAUGACCCAGCGAAGUGAGCUAUUACGCGUGUAAAAUUGAACAACAAAAUACACCUGCGAGCAAGAAUGUGACUGCCCUAAAGAGAGUGGUAGGUUAAGUGGCCAAUUACAGCUCUCGAGACGUGAUAUGUUUCGAUUGAAGGUCUUGAACGAUGUACAAUGCAGAGAUGGCCAAUGUCUCGGGUCAGAGCACUGAGCCAUUAUCGCUGAGAUUCUGGGUUUGAUUCCACAUUUCAGACAAUCAUUAUUAAACUGGGUUUCUUGUGUGAGCAAGCACGAUAUGGGGGGGGAGGGAUUUUUUUCACGUUAUAUAUUUGUCUUUUCACUUUGGCUAAAAUCCAGCUCUGAAAAACUUACACGGAAAUUGGUUUUACUACAAAUGCAAUGAAUACUUCUCUGUAGCAGACAGGGCAUGUGGAAAAUAACACCGACUAUAGUGUGGCAACCUUUACAGGAUAUCAGAAUCAGUUCUGUAAUAUCUGCUUUCAAGGCUAUCCUCAAAUAAAAUCGAGGACACACUGCCCCGUGACAUUUUCAAAUCGAUACAUCGUCUCGUGAUAAGGCGCGGAUGGCACGAAUAAUACAAUUUGUGGGAAAUAUAAAAUGCAUGUUUCAAUGCGAGUACGCAUAUGCAAUGAACAAAUGCAUCUACAGCGUGUGUGUGUGUGCGCGGCUCUUACCGGCGAAGGCACGUUCAUUGCCAGUGAUCACGAUGGCCCCAACGCCCGAGUCCCCUUCGAACACGUCCAGGGCUUGAUUGAGCUCCAACAUGAGGCCAUCGCACAGUGCGUUGAGGGCCUUAGGCCGGUUGAGCUGUAUUAAGCCCACGCUGUUGCCCUCUCCUUUCCUCUCCACCAGAAUGUACUCGUACUUUGCGCCUGUGAACACAUUGCAGCAUACAUACUGCUGCUCACACGAGGAAAUAGACGUGCAGAAUUUUCCCUUGUCCAGCUUGUAAAUAGUACACAUAUUUCAAUGGGUUAUCCGCAUUGCCAAGUGGGGUGCCAGUUGAAUGCAAUUGUAUAAGAUGUAUUCUUGCAGUGUUUGCUUGAGUAGGUGAAUCUAAGCAAGCAUAUAUGAUGAUGUUUGCUGUCAAGAAUGGCUAUUGUCCAAAACGUCACCUAUUAUAAAAAAAAUAUUCCUUUUAGAGCAGUGUUAUUGACCAAUUUGUUCAGUUUUGCUAACGUGUCCUUGUGCACCACUGCCAAUACUAUAUCACAACAAUUUUUUCAGCAGUGAAGUGCAUUGUCUCUGCAAAUUGUACCUCCAGCUUAAAUGUUGUUUUACCACCAAACCAAAUUUACAACUGAAUGUCUUCAACCACAUGUACGUUGUCUUCAUUAAUAAAUACAUUAUUAAAUGUGUGAUUAAAUGUUA